AUGUCUGUACCAAGAUUCCAAAAAGUAAGCUUUGGAUCAUAUGAUAAUUAUAUCCCAGUCAGUGAAUUAAGUAAGAAAUCAUGGAAUCAACAACAUUUUGCUUUGGCAUUUCCCAAACCACCUCGCCCAGGAAAGAAAAGGAGAUCAAUACCUUCCCAACAAAGUGAUGUUCCUGCUCCUAUAAUUGAUGAAGGAAGAAUGGGAAUUCAUAGACCACCCUUAUGGAUGCACCGUUCUUUGAUGAGAAUUUCUGAAAGGCCAUCUGUUUAUUUAGCUGCCAGGCGGAAGCCUUCCCCGAAAGUAUCUCAGUCCUCCAUGGGUGAUUCUAAAGAAACAGUUGCAAAAAAACCUUCAUCUCCAUCACUGAGUAAGAAAGUCCAGAAAGGUAAAUCAGAUUCCGAAUCAGAGUACAAAGUUAAGUCAGCAGAACCAAAAAAGGGCAAAGACUCAACCACAGGAUCUGAAGAUGAGAAGGCUACCUUAAAGAAGGGCUCCAGGAAAGAUAAAAAGGAUGCAAAGAGCAAAGACUCAACAGCAUCUGAAGAUGAGAAGGCUGACUUAAAGAAGGGCUUCAAGAAAGAUAAAAAGGAUGCAAAGGGCAAAGACUCAACCACAGCAUCUGAAGAUAACAAGGCUCUCUCGAAGAAGGGCGCCAAGAAAGGAGAAAAGGAUGCAAAGGGCAAAGACUCAACCACAGCAUCUGAAGAUGAUAAGGCUCUCUCAAGGAAGGGAUCCAAGAAAGGAAAAAAGGAUAAGAAGGGCAAAGACUCAACUACAGCAUCUGAAGAUGACAAGGCUUCCUCAAAGAAGGGCACCCAGAAAAAUGGUAAAGCUGGGAAGAAAAACAAAAAAGGAAAUACAGAUUCUGAAGGUGAAAAAGGAGGUGAUACAAAAAAGGGUAAGAAAGAUUUAAAAAAGGACAAAAAGAAUAAAAAGGAUGAAAAGAAGGGAAGUAGUGCAGACAGUGAGUCAAAGGAUGACAUCAAGAAAGACGUAAAGAAAGAAAACAAGAAAGCUAACAAGAAAGAAGGCAAGAAAGGCGCGAAGAAAGAGAGUGACACGGAAUCGGCUGAGUCAAAGAAGGGUGGAAAGAAGGGCAAAUAA